AUGCCCCUCCCGGAAGCCGAGCUUCUAAAGCCGCGGAACCCCGCCCUCAAGGACGAGAACGACUGGGAGGAAUUCCAAUUGUCCAGCGUCCAAGUCCGCGACCCCAAAGCCGACCACCUCGUCAGCCUGCUGCACGCCGACGCCGUCUACCCCGUCCUUGUCCAAGGCCGUCUCGAGCCCGUCGCUCGCGCCCAAUCCCGCCUGCUGCGGAAGCCGCUGCCACGCGCCCUCCCGCUCCAAGUGUCCAAUGUGACGCGCUUCGCCUACGGACAAUACGACGAUGGGGAUGUCGCCAUAUGGGCCGCCGGCCGCGCCGGCUGGUUCAAAAUCACCCCGGCGCGCGCCUACAAGGACAUAUUCGCCGGCAUGGUAGCCGCUAUCAAGCUGCUCUACUUCGCUGCCGACAUGUAUCGCGGUUCGACAAAGACCAAGGGCAACAAGAGCGCAAACGAAAUCUUUGAGGCAUACGUAAAGGAAUACCCGGGCGAGUACGCCAAUGCAGGCGAGGUAGCUGAAGCGGCUUACGAGCAUCGGGAGUUCCUGCUUCUGUCCAUGCUGCGCGGCAACGAGCUGGACAAGCCGGACUGGAAGACUACCGACUUGUUCCUCCAUCUGAAGGAGACCUUCCCAGACGCACACCAGGCCAUGGUACGGAAGAAAGAA